AAGCUCACAACUUUACAGAAAGAUGGCACUGUUGCCGAUCAGUAAUUAUCCGAAGCUAAUCACUAGCUGAAAGGUCGCUUCUACAUUCCAUAAACAAUCAGUCAUGGAGAACGCCACUCUCAACGCGUCCACAGAAGUUCCCACGUUACGGCCAAACGCAGAUGACGUCACUUCCGCGCCUGUAGACGAGUCAGUGCAGCUGCUUACGACGACGACCAACCGGCUAUUGAGUGUGUUUCCUCCCGUGCUGCUGGCAGUCGGCACGUGUGGUAACGCGUUGUCCAUUGCCGUCCUCUCAGGCAGUAGCAUGCGGCGCUCCAACGCCGCUCUCUACCUCAUCGUGCUGGCCGUCGUCGACACGAUGGUGCUGUACACAGGCCUCCUUCGCCUAUGGCUGCUUCACCUAACCGAUGUGGACAUACGGGAGUUUAGUACUUUCAUGUGCAAGUUUCACACGUGGAUAGUGUACGUCACGCUUGACGCUAGUGUCUGGAUCCUAGUGGCCUUCACCUUUGAGCGUCUCAUUUCCGUUUGUCUUCCUCAUGACGUCAAGCGGCAUUGCAACGAGCAGACCUCAUGUGUCGUCCUGUCUGUCAUCGCAGUCGUCUUGAUGGCCAUCAACUCUCAUUUCAUCUAUGGUCUUGGUAUUGAGUAUACUAACACCAACGUCAUUGUCCACAAUGCACUCGAUCACAACAGUCAGGUGAUAACAGUCCCGCACUGCACCCCUUUAGGGAAGGAAUACAAAGAAUUCCACGACAUGAUUUGGCACUGGAUAGACCUGUGCAUCUUCUCCCUCCUUCCUCUAUCGCUCAUCGUCGUCUGCAACUCGGUCAUCAUAAUCAAAAUAUGUGAAAGCCGUCGAAAGGCCCGGCGUAUCGUUCCGUCCGUAGCGCUCAGUACACAUCCUGAUGUCCAGGCAGAUGACACCACAUCGCGCCAAGUAUCCUCAAUGACUGCAAUACUAAUGACAUUGAACCUGGUGCUGCUACUAACAACCAUGCCAAUCAGCGCAUUUAACAUCGUGACGCCUUAUUUUAAACCAGUUCUUGACGAAUCCUCGGAACAGUAUGAUCCAAAGGUCACAGCACAAUUCAGACUGGCGUGGGCAAUUUUCAACAUGCUCAUGUACACCAACAACUCAAUCAACUUCCUUCUCUACUGUGUGUCUGGAACUCGCUUUCGCGAAGAAUUGUCAAACUUGUUUUUACGAAAACGAUACAGCCUACCAGUAACACCAACACAAACGUAUCAGAGUGCCAGAAUACAAGCUUAAGAGUACCAGGGUCUUUAAGACCUCUGCAAACCUCGAGAAAACAAAAGACACGGUCAAAGCGUCGGGCUGCUCCCUUCUGGUUGGUGGUUGCUGGGAGAGCGGCGACCGUCCAUAGAAACGGUCGUACUACAGGACGUUUACAUGGUGCGAGAGAACAGUGGUAGACGACAGCUACAACAACCAUGGCUGCAACAGCCACAGCUCCAGUUGGAAGCAGAGCAAACUGGCGAGGGGGUUAAAUCAAGGGAAGCACACAGUGUCCUCAACAGCGCUUGAUGAUGUCACAGCCGGAACAUGGAAGUGUUCAAGAAAUAAUAGUGUUCUUGAUCCAGAGAAACAGGAUAGUUUCUCAAGACCAAAACAACUAACACAUUCAAGGAAAGCGAAAUAUUUCUCAGUGUUCAGAGAACCUGGACAUUCUUCCAGAUCCAUAGAAACAAGAUAGUGCUCUUGGCACGCUAAAGAUUGCGAAAAACAGAACUAAUACUAAUAAACAGAAAAAACGGAUACUUCUCAAUGAUCAAGGAGUCAGAUAAACAGGAUAGCCUGAAGGCAAGAACACACAUAGUGCUCUUUAACCUUGGACACUGUACGACCUUUGGCAAAGCAAAGGAACUCUAAGUGACAUUAUGACAGGCUAUAUAAUUAAAAACGGAAGUAACCUAUAAACAAAAUUUCUGCUUUG